GAGAGAUUAAAUAGGAGACAGGCGCAGCGGCAGUCCGCCACAUCCGCCAGAAGGAGAACGAGGAUACCAGCUGCUAGCUACGUUAGCCGCAGUAGACAGUUAGCACCUAGCUCCAAGAGUCCUAGCUCCUUUACUAACACAUGAGGGAGUGAGCCAGCAGGGUGAGAGUGACAGUGUGAGAGCCGGAGCUCGGCCGUCCCGAACUGACUCCUUCUGCUUGCGUGAAGCUGCGUGAGCCCCACAGCGGGAGAGAGAGAGAGAAAGAGAGAGAGAGAGAGAGAGUUCGUGUACAUUCAAGCUCACAUAUCUCCCUCUUCCUGCAAAGCAGCGUGUCUGUGAAGGUGUGAAGCUCAUUAGCAAUAGAGGAAGUGGACCCAUAAACACUGCCUGACUGUCGGCUGUGUACACUCGGUGUCCGGUUACUUGGCAGCGGAUCCACGUCUCUUACCGAUAACCGACUAAUCAGCGGCAGCAUGAUGUUGAGGUUUGCAGCGGUGCGAGGCGGCCUGGGCCUGCUCACCGUCAGGAGGGCGUGUCUCCUCUCCCGAUCCGCCCACUCUGCCCCACAGACUGAGUACCGACCCAUCAAGAAAGUCAUGGUGGCCAACAGAGGUGAAAUUGCCAUCAGAGUGUUCAGAGCCUGCACUGAACUGGGGAUUCGCACCGUGGCUGUUUACUCUGAGCAAGACACCGGACAGAUGCACAGGCAGAAGGCAGAUGAGGCUUACCUGAUUGGAAAGGGCCUGCCACCAGUUGCGGCGUACCUGCACAUUCCAGACAUCAUCAAAGUGGCCAAGGACAACGGCGUGGAUGCCAUCCAUCCUGGCUACGGCUUCCUCUCUGAGCGCGCGGACUUCGCUCAGGCCUGCUCAGACGCUGGAGUCAGGUUUAUUGGGCCGAGCCCAGACACGGUCCGCAAGAUGGGAGACAAAGUGGAGGCACGAUCGCUGGCAAUUGGAGCAGGUGUUCCUGUGGUCCCGGGAACCAACUCUCCCAUCUCCAGCCUGCAGGAGGCGCAGGCGUUCGCCCAGACCUACGGCUUCCCCAUCAUCUUCAAAGCGGCGUACGGAGGAGGAGGCCGAGGCAUGAGGGUGGUCCGUGAGUACGAGGAGCUGGAGGAGAAUUACCAGCGGGCGUACUCUGAGGCCCUGACGGCUUUUGGAAACGGAGCGCUGUUUAUCGAGAAGUUUGUUGAAAAGCCGAGACACAUCGAAGUCCAGAUCCUCGGUGAUAAAUAUGGUAAUGUCGUCCAUCUGUACGAGAGGGACUGCUCCAUUCAGCGGAGACACCAGAAGGUUGUGGAGAUUGCACCUGGCUUCCAGCUGGACCCACACCUGAGAGACAGACUUCAUGCUGACGCCGUCAACCUGGCCAAACAGGUGGGAUACGAGAACGCGGGAACCGUUGAGUUCCUGGUGGACAAACAUGGAAAACACUACUUCAUUGAGGUCAACUCCCGGCUCCAGGUCGAACACACGGUCACCGAGGAAAUCACGGACGUGGACCUGGUGCAUGCCCAGCUGCAUGUGUGCGAAGGCCGCAGCCUGCCAGAACUGGGCCUGAAACAGGACAAGAUCAGGGUGAACGGCUGCGCCAUCCAGUGCAGAGUGACGACUGAAGACCCUGCCAGGGGCUUCCAGCCAGACACGGGGAGGAUCGAGGUAUUCAGGAGCGGCGAAGGCAUGGGGAUCCGUCUGGACAGCGCGUCGGCCUUCCAGGGCGCCAUCAUCUCGCCUCACUACGACUCGCUGCUGGUGAAAGUGAUCGCCAGCGGGAAGGACCUGAACACGGCCGCGUCCAAGAUGAGCCGAGCUCUGGCCGAGUUCAGAGUGCGAGGGGUCAAGACCAACAUCCCGUUCCUCCAGAAUGUCCUGUCCAACAACCAGUUCCUGCACUCCACUGUGGACACCCAGUUCAUUGACGAGAAUCCAGAACUGUUCAACCUCAAACCCACUCAGAACCGAGCGCAGAAGCUGCUGCACUACCUCGGUCAUGUGAUGGUUAAUGGGCCGACCACACCUAUUCCAGUAAAGGCGAAGCCCUCCUCCACCGACCCGGUCGUCCCACCUGUCACCAUGGGCGACCCACCUGUGGGUUUCCGCGACGUCCUGCUGCGCGACGGCCCUGAGGGAUUCGCCAAGGCGGUGCGGGCUCACCAGGGUCUGCUGCUAAUGGACACCACAUUCAGGGACGCCCACCAGUCGCUUCUGGCGACGAGGGUUCGCACUCACGACCUCAAGAAGAUCUCGCCGUUCGUCAGCCACAACUUUAGCAACCUGUUCAGCCUGGAGAACUGGGGAGGAGCAACCUUUGACGUGGCCAUGCGAUUUUUGUCCGAAUGUCCGUGGAAGAGGCUCCAGGAGCUGAGAGCUUUGAUCCCAAACGUCCCGUUCCAGAUGCUGCUGAGGGGGGCCAACGCUGUGGGCUACACCAACUACCCCGACAACGCCGUCUAUAAGUUCUGCGAGGUCGCCAAGGAGAACGGCAUGGACAUCUUCCGCGUCUUCGACUCUCUUAACUACCUGCCCAACAUGCUGCUGGGUAUGGAGGCAGCCGGAGCAGCCGGCGGCGUGGUGGAGGCCGCCAUCUCCUACACGGGCGACGUCUCCGACCCGAUGAGGCAGAAAUAUUCCCUGGACUACUACAUGAAGCUGGCUGACGAGCUGGUCAAAGCCGGGACUCACAUCCUCUCCAUCAAGGAUAUGGCCGGCCUGCUGAAGCCGGAGGCCAGCAAGCUUCUGAUCGGCGCUUUGAGGGAUCGCUUCCCAGAUGUUCCCAUUCAUGUGCACACACACGACACAGCUGGAGCCGGAGUGGCGGCCAUGUUGGCCUGUGCAGAAGCAGGAGCUGAUGUAGUCGACGUGGCGGUUGACUCCAUGGCUGGGAUGACGUCUCAGCCGAGCAUGGGGGCCAUCGUCGCCUGCACCAAAGGGACUAAAUACGACACUGGCAUCGCUCUGGAGAAGGUGUUCGACUACAGCGAGUACUGGGAGGUCACCAGAGGCCUGUACGCUCCCUUCGACUGCACCGCCACCAUGAAGUCGGGCAACGCCGACGUCUACGAGAACGAGAUACCUGGAGGACAGUACACCAACCUGCACUUCCAGGCUCAUAGUAUGGGGCUUGGAAAUAAGUUCAAGGAGGUGAAGAAGGCUUACGCUGAAGCAAACAAACUACUCGGAGACCUCAUUAAGGUGACUCCGUCCUCCAAGAUCGUUGGAGAUCUGGCUCAGUUCAUGGUGCAGAACAACCUGACCAGGGCGGAGGUGGAGGAGAGGGCGGAUGAGCUGUCCUUCCCCCAGUCCGUGGUCGAGUUCCUGCAGGGACACGUCGGAAUACCGCACGGUGGAUUCCCCGAGCCCUUCAGAUCCAAGGUGCUGAAGUCCCUUCCACGUAUCGAAGGUCGUCCCGGCGCCUCUCUGUCACCGAUGGACUUCAAGACCCUGGAGGACGGACUCCGAGCCGCGCAUGGGGAUGACAUCACACCGGAGGAUGUGAUGUCAGCAGCCAUGUACCCCAAGGUGUUCCAGGAGUUCAAGGAGUUCACUUCUAACUUUGGCCCAGUGGACUGCCUCAGCACCAGGCUGUUCCUGGAUGGACCCAAGAUUGCAGAGGAGUUUGAGGUGGAGCUGGAGAGAGGGAAGACCCUCCACAUCAAGGCUCUGGCGCUGGGCGACCUGAACAAGGGCGGGCAGAGGGAGGUGUUCUUCGAGCUGAACGGGCAGCUGCGGUCGGUGCUGGUCAAAGACACCGUGGCCAUGAAGGAAAUGAAGUUCCAUCCCAAGGCCCAGAAGUCCAUCAAAGGUCAGGUGGGAGCGCCGAUGCCUGGAAAAGUGCUGGAGGUUAAAGUUAAAGUCGGAUCCAAGGUGGAGAAGGGUCAGCCGCUGUGCGUCCUGUCAGCCAUGAAGAUGGAGACGGUGGUCAACUCCCCCAUGAGCGGGACCGUCAAGGCGGUCCAUGUGGAGCCGGAGGCGUCCCUGGAGGGAGACGACCUGAUCCUGGAGAUCGAGGAGUAGAGUGAGGAAGAGGGGGAGGAGGAAGGCAAGAGGAGAGGGGAAACAGGAAGUAGUAGAGCCGGCCCUUGGUUUGUAAAUAUUAUGUUUAGCAAAGUUGUGAAGCUCUAUGCAUAUCCUGACACCUGAUGGAUGUAGAAACAGCUUCACUAACCUCAUUGAAUAUUUCAGGAGUGUGUUUUAUAUCUAAACCUACGAUACAUUCCACUGCACAGUCUUAACUACGAUGAGCUAACCAGGUGAAACACUAACAGGGUCGUAAAACGCCAACUUGAAAUUAACAUUUUCCACUUCGUCGGAUGCUGUUUCCAUAGACCAGACCGACUCGGUUCGGUGUUUGUAGCUAGCAGCAAUCUCUGGGGACGUAUUAACAAAUAUCAUGGAUACUUUUAUCCUCACCUUUUGGCAAGAAUUUGAAUCCCUGAAGGUCGCGCUGCAUUCUGGGAAUGUGUAAUCACUGCAAGCGUUUAAGGGUGGAAACGUAUUCACAAAGCACAACAAGGACAGCAAUUCCAACUACAAAUAACCAACACAUCCUGUUGCUGCAUCAGUAACAGCAUUGGAGUCUUUUUGUUUGUCCCAAAUAAAAUCCGAAUCAUUCAUUUUAAAAUGCCCAAACGGAACUGCUUACGCCCAACCUGUCGUAUCGUUUGAGGUCUCUGGUGGCAUAAAACAAGUUUUGCCCUUUUCACUUUACAGCCAGGAAGCAAUGAGCAGUUUUUAUUGGGGAUUUUUAAUGCUUGGUUUAAAUAGGAUUACAGCAUGUCACUUUAAUGGGGUCACAUGUUCUUUUUUUUUUUCUUACCCCCACCAGCUUAUGAAUAAAUUGUCAGUCAGAUGAUGUGAAAUUAGCCGGGCUAAUAGGAGGCCCUGGAGACUCCUGCUUGUCGUUAUAUUUCCGCGGCAUGUCUGUGUGUUUGAAUAAACAAGUCAAAUCUGAGGACGAACUCCAUGAGUCCUCAGUAGCACACCCCCUGAGAUAAAAACCCAUUCAAAUCAGAGAUGAAAUAUUCAUGCUCACACACGCGCCUGCUCAAAAACUGUUCCUGCUGGCCCCUGUGUGCCGCACGCAUCAGAGGAAAACAAAGGCGAACUCUGCGAAGAGGGCGUGUCCCGGUAAAAACAUGGAGAUUAAAUCACAGAAUGAGUCUUAAAGUCGGUUACUCGGUGUUAAAGCUAGUCCUGGAUGAAUGUUUAAACACCCUUAAAGCACAGUUUGGAAACAAAGAGGUUACAUAUUUUUCUACUGUUUACAGUGAAGCAGGAGGAGGUUUGAGAAAAAGCAGAAACAUGAAACUGAGGCUUCAUUUUGUGCUGAGUCAGCAGCCUUUUUGUUUUAAGCAGAUGAAGACAGGAUGACUGUUCUUGAUUUGUUCCCUCCUCCUCUUCUCCUUACUUCCCCUCUAUCUCAUGUCUUCACCCUCCUCUCCCAACCAUUUGCUUACAAGAUAUUUGCACAUGCAAGACGUUAUUAAUUAAUGCAAUAAAUGUAAACUGUACCGUAACUCUGUACGUCGUAGCCAGCAGUGGCUCUUUAACAGCCUCACUCUCAUGAUGUACCCAUAUCUGUGAAAGAAAGAUAAUAAACUGGAGUAAAAGUAAAA